AUGCCUAGAACAUGUAAAAAUGGGCAAGAAUGUAGAAAAUAUAAAGCAUAUGAAAAUGUGGACGAUAAACAUGUUUCAAUUAUUCAACCAAUUUUAUUGGUUGGUAUGAUAUUUGUGUUUUAUAUUUUUUACUUUCGAUUAUUUAAAAGAAGAUAUACAAGUAAUGAAAGUUACAGAAGAAAAAUGAAUAAAAAAAAAAUAAGUAGUAAACCCGUUAUUUCAUUAUGUUUAAAUGAUAUUGUCAUUAAAAUUAUUGGUAAUAAUGCACACAUUAUGGAAAAUUCAGUAGAACCAUUAAAUAAAUUAAGUUCUAUUUCUGAACUUUUUGUUAUUGCACAAAUAUCAAAUGAUGUUCAAGAAAAAAAUAUAAUUGAUCUCUUUAAAAAAUUAGGAUUAUUUGAUAAAGGUUUAAAAGAACAUCGUUUAAUGUUUUGUAAUACUUCA